UUUUGCUCGGCACUACACUGCGUCGACGGUUUUCUUCUUCAGUUUCUUUCCGCAUCGGUAUUAUUAACAGCAAAGAUGCGUCGCUACGCUAAUCGCUAAUUAAUAACUGAUUAAUGGUGUUUCAGUUCAGUUUUGUUUUGUAUUUAGUUUCCAUUCAAUGAGAUCAAAAUGAAAAUAGCCCGAUCGUCUUUGUUUUGCAUCUUUGUCGUCAUAGUGUGUCCAACAAAGUCGUCUUUCUUGAGGAAAACCAUCCCCGCCAAAGUGCCAACCAAUAGAAUAGCGGAGAUCACCACCCGCUGUGAUUCCCAGAACAUCAACGUCACCGUAUCAACAAAACAGCCAUUCAAAGGUGCGGUGUUCGCGAGAGAUUUUGCUCAAGAAUGUAAAGUGUUUGGUACUUUAAGCCAUAGUGCCUCCCUUAGCUUGCCGACCUCUGGAUGUGGAGUGAGACUCACCUCCUCACCAGAAGAAAACGGUAGGGCCCGCAUGACUUACUCGGUGGUGUUGGUGUUGCAACAAGAUCGUUAUUUAAGGCAAAUAUCGGAUCAAGAACGGUUUGUGCGGUGUGAGGUUCCUGACGAGGCCUUUUUGGUGAGGAGUCAAUCACUGUUCAAGGCCCUCAAAGAGGAUAUUAAGGAUCAAAAGACAAAUCACAGAGUUGGAAGAUUAAUGAACGAAGGAUGGUCGAAGGACCUCAGCCAAGACGAACUGGAAGAAGAACUACGUGAGGCGAUGUCGGCAGCCAGAGCCUGGAUGGAAAUCGUGCCAGAAAACAACCUGGAACGACCCCUAGGAACAGUUGAAGUCGGCGAAACUCUUUUAUUAACUGUCAAGGCGACCCUCCCAGCCGGAAUUGGAUGGCGUAUGGUAGACUGUUCGGCCCACGACGGUCUAGGCGACUCCUCACAAAAACUGUUGGAUGAAUUGGGAUGUCCCGUAGACGAAGCCUUACUACCAACACCAAAGUUCGGACCCAUUAAGCCCAUUGCGUCCAUGAGACAUCAGGAGGCGACGGCAAAGUUUGCCGCUUUUAAGUUUCCAGACCGGAAUCGGUUGCAUUUGAAGUGCAAGUUGCAGAUUUGCAGAGGGGUGUGCAACAAGGUUGAAUGUGAGGGUGAAAACAGCACAGAUGCCAGGGUUGGACGGUCAAAUUUUAACCUAAGCGACGCCAUUUUGGACCGCCUGGAAGUAUACAACAGUGUCGAAGUGAUCGCACCGGAAAUCGACGAUGCCAACGAGUUCCGGAAGAAAAUGAACUCGGCCGAUUUCGACAGCUACCCGUUCCCUAAAAUACCGGGUGACAGGACGUUCUGUGUAUCCGUAGACAAAAUGGCGAUCGCUUUUUGCAUUUUGGGACUGAUUUUCCUGAUCGCUAUCAUGGUGGCCACCUGCUCCUUGCUCAAAUCCAGACGGUCACACGAUGGAAUGCAGUACUAUACAAGGAGUCUUUUCUCGAGUAGCAGUAGCGGUUCUGCGUUCGGUAGUAAAUUGCUUUUAGAAGAGAGUCCGGUCCUGGGACAGUCCGCCUCGACGAUGUCCAAUCGGAUGCAUUAUGGGAGAAUUUUGUAAAAAAAAAAAGACUGAAAAUGUUAAAUUUUAAAUUUAAGCGAUAUUAAGGGGGAAUUUUUGAAGUACGCGCAAGCCAGUUUUAAUUUUAACCUGACUUGGUCCUACUUCGUUUUGGUUGCAUACGUUGCAAAUGUGUAGCGACCAGAAAAUUAUGGUUGUGGUUGUAUUAUCUAUAGGAAAUAAAAGAUUUUAUUUGUUUUAUAUUGUGUUUGUGUCUAAUAAAUAUUUUCUUAUUAAA